AUGGCCGCCGUCCCGGCUGCUCUCCUCCCGCCGACUUCCCUGGUCCCGCCGCCGCCGCCCCCUCCUCCGCCGCCGGUCGCGAUCUCCGGCGGCCCCGGCAUCAGCGCGUCCCCGCCGUCCUCAUCGUCUCCGUCUUCCUCCUCCUCGCUGCCUCCCCUGCCGGCCGCGGUCGGACCCGCGCAGACGCUCUUCCGCUCCGAGCUGCUGGCCGCCGGCAGCCCGGUGGGCAUCGCGGGCAAGCCGGUGUACUCCACGCCGUCGCCCGUGGAGAACAUCCCGCAGAACAACGAGUGCAAGAUGGUGGAGCUCCGCGGAGCCAAGGUGGCCUCGUUCACCGUGGAGGGCUGCGAGCUCAUCUGCCUUCCCCAAGCCUUCGAUCUGUUCCUCAAACACCUGGUGGGGGGGCUGCACACCGUCUACACCAAGCUCAAGAGGUUGGAGAUCACGCCGGUGGUGUGCAACGUGGAGCAGGUCCGAAUCUUGCGCGGGCUCGGCGCCAUCCAGCCCGGCGUCAAUCGAUGCAAGCUCAUCUCCAGAAAGGACUUCGAGACGCUCUACAACGACUGCACGAACGCCAGCUCCAGACCCGGCCGGCCACCGAAGAGGACCCAGAGUGUGACUUCGCCAGAGAACCCUCACAUCAUGCCCCACACGGUCCCCGGUCUCAUGUCCCCUGGCAUGAUCCCACCCACAGGUCUAACGGCGGCAGCAGCGGCGGCAGCCAACGCGGCCAUUGCAGAGGCCAUGAAGGUGAAGAAGAUCAAGCUGGAGGCCAUGGGCGGUUACCAUGCCAACGCCAACCACCACCAUGGGGCGGACGGUGAGAACGGAGACCUCAGCUCUAGUGUUGGCCUGGAACUACCCUUCAUGAUGAUGCCCCACCCGCUGAUCCCCGUCAGUCUGCCGCCGGCUUCCGUCACCAUGGCUAUGAGCCAGAUGAACCACCUUAGUACCAUCGCCAACAUGGCCGCUGCCGCGCAGGGUCAGAGCCUGCCCUCGAGAAUGGUCACCUCUGUCAUAAAGGGCUGUGUAUUGUCACUGCAGGGUUUGCAGGAGCGCAUCCAGGACAGUCCCUCCCCUGCCCCGUCCUUAGAGGACCACCGGAGGCCCGGCAGUCACCCCUCAUCCCACCGCAGCAGCAGCGUGUCCAGCUCGCCAGCCCACACAGAAAGUUCUUCGGACAGGAUACCGCCACACCACAAUGGCCUGUCCAUGAACCAAGCUCUGCUCGGCUUGUCCCCCAACAUCCCGCCUGGGCCUAAAGAGGGAGACCUUGCCCAUGACAUGAGCCACGAAGUAAAGAGGAUGCAUGCAGAAAAAGAUGAUAACCUAAUGUGCACGCCAACAGCGAGAGACAGCUAUGAGCGGUUGUCGCUGGCCGGACCGACUCUUCCUCCCGGCUUCCCCUCGCCAUUCCUCUUCCCAGAUGGCCUGUCGUCAAUAGAGACUCUCCUCACCAACAUACAGGGCCUGCUGAAGGUGGCCAUUGACAACGCACGAGCACAGGAGAAGCAGGUUCAGCUGGAGAAGACGGAGUUGAAGAUGGAGUUGUUCCGGGAGCGGGAACUUCGGGAAACACUGGAAAAACAGCUGGCCAUGGAACAGAAGAACAGAGCAAUCAUCCAGAAGCGUCUGAAGAAGGAGAAGAAGGCCAAGAGGAAACUGCAAGAAGCUCUGGAGUAUGAAUCCAAGAGGAGAGAGCAGGCAGAACAGAACCUCAAGCAGCCGUCGCCUGCUGACAGCAUGCGCUCGCUCAACGACGCGCUGACCCCUGAGAUGGAGAGCGACCGCGGCAGCGGAAGAACAGAUGCUGAAAGGACAAUACAAGGUACAAGGGCUCAGAUGAGACUAUAA